AAAUGUUAUUUUUUUAUAGUACUGGAUCAGUUGCUGACUGAAUAACUGCAGGUCGAAUUUGAUUUGAUUCAAGGACCAAAGGGCAUGCAGGCAUCAAACGUCACUGGCCCUGAUGGAACUCCGGUGAAAGGUGAUCCUAGAGCACCAUAUCACCGAAAUCAAGCAAGUGGGGGCUAUCGUCGUAACAAUAACUUCAAUCAAUCAAACUACAGCAAUAUCUACACAGCAGGCGGCAUCUAUUUAGAUCCAUAUGGAAUGCCCAUGAGCCACUAUGGUGAUAUACCCCUAUGGGCAACGCCAUAUAGUACGAACAGUGGUGAUCCAGAACAACAACAAUUUUCUUCAUCGCUACAACAACAACAACAAUCUAUAGCUAUUGCUGGUAGCAACAACAGUUCUCAUCAUCACCAAGGAUACAAUCGAUUGCCUCCACAAUUUCAUUCACAACAACAGUUUCAUGCAGGUGUUUAUGCACCACCAAUGUUUCAACAACCACCGCCACCAACUUCACUAAUUCACCAGCCACAGCCGGUAGUACCACCCAAUCCUAAUGCUAAUACGCCCAUGUUUUUGUAUACAACCAAUACACCACCUUUUCCAAACACAAAUAGAAGCAGUGGUGCUACUUCUCCAUCACACCAGCAACAACAGCAGCAACAGCAGCCGCAUACUCCAAGCACAGAAAAUAAUACUACCUCUUGAGCUUUUUUAAUUACACUUCGAAGUAUUUCUAUGGUUUAAUGCUUUCGAUACUCGCUGUAAAGGAAUAAUUUAUAUCACGAGGAGAG